UUCAAUCCGCAACCACCGCGAAAAACCAAUUUUCGCCCCCACACGUGUCGGUCGCUCCCUAUCCUACCUAAAAUUGCACGCACACACACCCCCUGUUGCCCCCGACCUUCACUCCCCCCUCCUCCAUUUCUCCUCCUCCAAGUCCAAGUAAAUUUCCUUUUCUUCCCUUUCACCACUGUUCCACACUAUUCAUUCUCUUUCAUACUUACAUUGCAAUUUUCUUUUUUCUAAUUUUUUAUUCUCCCAAUUCAUUUCAUUUUAUCCCUAUACAUGCUAAAGGUUUGAUUUUGAACCCCAAUUCAAGGACCCAGUACCUCUCUACCAAUCGGCUGUGUAUAAAAAAAAAGAAAAAUAGAAAAAAGAAAGGUUUUGGGGUUUUGAAGAAAGAGACCAGGUGUUUUUGUUCGCCCUUUAUAAUUUGAUUAUUCUUUGAUUACUUUUGACGUUCAUAUGUUUUAGGCUCUUUCUAUCCAAAUUUGCUUUGCUCUUGGGGUGGAAUAUCACAUGAUUCUUUCAAAUCCUAGGUUCUUUAAUAUUCUCUUCGAGUUUUAUUUUUAUUGAUUAGUUACAUUGGGAAUUCUUUGAUUCCUACUGUAUAUAAGGAACCGCAUUAUUGAUUGGACAGAUGUGGUAGAAAUAAAGGUCAUGUUCUUGUAGGGUUAGUUGCAGGAUAAACUCUGUGAUGUUUUUGGUGCUCCGUUUUAGUUCGUCAUUGGAAAUUGAGGGUUUUCUUGUUUGAAAUAAAAUUUAGAACAUCGCCUCCCUCCACCCACCCACUCACCCAAAAAAUCAGAAAAAUAAGACAACCUUAGUUGGUUGGAGUUUAGUAGUUAUCAUAUCCUACACUUUUGGUUUAUUGGGAUAGUGAAGAUGGAAAAAAAUUGAUUUAGUUGUUGCUGUAGAGAUAUUGAAAUGGCCUUGAACUAUUCACAUAGGCUGGCCCCGGCACAUAUAUCUGAAGAUAUUUUGGUGUCACUUGUGAGGAUUAUGAAUGGGUAUCUGGUGGAGUGUGUUUCUGAAAAGAAUAGGGAUGUCUACUUGAGACCAUGGCAUGUGAGCCGAUUGGAAUCUGAUGAACUGAACUUUGGUUGUGAGAGGGACAUAGUUGACUGUUGCAGCUCAUCGGAACCAACCUCAAUGGACAUUGUUGACCGUUUGCCAUCUGAUCCUUUUGGGAUGGAUAUAAAAACUACUUUCACUGCCAUCACUGGGUGGUUGGAGGACUUGGAGGUUGAUUGUGAAGGGUACAUGAGGUGCAAUAAUGGCAUGUCCUGUCAAGAAGGUUAUGGUUUAUUUGCUGGAUGGAAUUUAAUUUGGAAUAGUUCUGUUAAGUUCCAACCUUUUCCACGCACUAUUCAGUUGAAUGAGAGACUGGGUAUGGGUAUGCAGGAUUACAUACCUUGUGAUUUUCAGUUUGACCACCAACUAGAUGCAGCUCUUACACUGAGUACACAUGAGGAUGAGGAAGGUAUGAGAUAUGGAUUGGCCCCAUAUGAUGUUGGAUUUCGAUCAGCCUGCGAUGUGGGGAAUGUUGGCUUCAGCAAUAGGAGUCCUAGUUGCAGUCUUGACAUGGGAUCCGCAAGGGAAGUGGAGGGUGCGUCUGAAUUUGAAGGAGCACCUCACGAAGCUUUUAAUUAUGUUCUUAGCUAUUUGGGAGUGAAAGACCUUUUGUCCAUAGAAAGGGUUUGCAGUUCCCUAUCAUCUGCUGUCCGAGGUGAUCCCUUGUUUUGGAAGACUAUCCACAUUGGUCAGCCUCUGAAUGAAAGGAUCACAGAUGACGUUCUCGUGCAAUUGGCCGGCAGGGCUCAGGGUAAGCUUGAAUGUCUGAGCCUAGUGGAAUGCCCCAAAAUCAGUGAUGAUGGUUUGAGGCGCGUACUAGAAGCAAAUCGAAGGUUAACUAAGCUGUGUGUUCCCGGAUGUACAAGAAUCAACAUAGAAUGCAUAGUUAAUUGUAUCAGAGCCUACAACUGCAAUAAUGAAUUUGGAGGUAUAAAACAUGUGAGAAUUGGUGGCCUCUAUGGCGUGAACCACGAGCAUUUCGAAGAGUUGAACUCAUUAUUGGGCUCUAGCAACAAUAAGAUUGAAAGUGCUCAGAAGCCACGUUUCUAUCACCGAGGGAACUUUUAUCUCCCACAUGAUGAUGAUCGCACAAUUGAUAUUGAAAUGUGUUUAAGAUGUGAGAAGUUCAGGUUGGUUUAUGAUUGUCCGAACGAAGGCUGUAAGGUUAAAGAUAAGUCACCUGAGGUGUGCAGAGCAUGUUGUAUCUGUAUAGGAAGGUGUGCUCAGUGUGGCCGGUGUAUUAAUGAUACUGAAUUUGAGGAGACGUUUUGUCUGGAAUUGCUAUGUUUAGAUUGUUUUAAGCAGCUGCUCAAGUAGCAAGACAAAGCUGGACAAGAAAGUCGACUCUUUGUAAGUUAUCACUGCAGUUUCCAUGGGUAAGUGUUGUCCAACUCCACCGUUCGAUACACUAGUGCAGAGGGGUUGGUAAAUCUUUUCGGGGCUAGUUGGAUACACUAGUGUGGAGGGGAUGAUGAUCUUGUUGGCACUUCUAGGUAAGGUUCUACGAGAUCUUUUCUUUUGUAAUAAGAAAAAAAAUGGCAAAAAAAAGGGAAGGAUAAAAAAGAAAAAAGAAUGCAUAGAAGUAUAAACUCUUGAAAAAGUUUGUAUGGUGAAUAAUUAGAGAUUGAAUCUGUUAAAAGGGAGAAUUGCAUGAGAAGCUAGAACAUUUUCACUUGUGAAUUUUUUUCACUAUUUGAAAGGCUUUGUAUAUAA